AUGGGAUUUUUAAAUUUUCUGAAAAGCCGUGGAGGGCUGCGGGUGGAUAAUACAAAAACUACAUCGGCAGCGACUCUCACUUUACGCCAGAGUCUUUGGCCCCUCAUCCUCGUUACGACUCUUUUCUUUCUGUGGGGAUUUUCCUACGGUUUGCUGGAUACUUUGAAUAAACAUUUCCAAAAUACUCUCCACAUCACUCGAACUCGGUCAUCGGGCCUUCAAGCUGCGUAUUUCGGAGCAUACCCUCUCGCCUCGUUAGGCUAUGCCAAUUGGAUUCUCCGCCACUUUGGAUACAAAGCCGUCUUCAUUUUCGGAUUGACGCUCUAUGGCAUUGGAGCUCUCUGCAUGUGGCCCGCGGGUCUGAACAGAAGCUUUGGUGGCUUUUGCGCGUGCACCUUUGUCAUCGGUUCGGGACUGGGAAGUCUAGAGACAGCAGCGAAUCCAUACAUUUCUGUCUGCGGUCCCCCACGGUACUCGGAAAUCCGAAUCAACCUUGCCCAAGCGUUCAACGGUAUCGGAAGCUGCGUCGCACCGGCAUUGGCCUCAUUUGUGUUCUUCAGUUCGACUGGAGAUGGUGUGCAAGCUCUUGAGCGCGUACAAUGGGUCUACCUCGCUAUUGGAGUCUUCGCCUUUGCUCUUGCCGGCGUGUUUUUCUUAUCCAACAUCCCCGAGGUCACAGACGAGGACAUGGCCCUCCAGGUUGCGGAGACGCAAAUUGGUGAACAGGAAGUACCGUUCCGGAAACAUUACAAUCUGUUCCAUGCCACCGUGGCUCAGUUCGGUUAUACCGGUUGUCAAGUCGCCAUCGCAAGCUACUUCAUCAACUACUGCACCGAUGCCUCGCCUGGGACCUCCAGCGCCACGGCCUCCAAGCUCCUGUCCGGCGCUGAAGGCGGCAUUGCCGUUGCCCGGUUCAUCGGCGCCUUCUUGAUGAGAUUUAUCAAACCACGCUUUGUCUUCUUUGGCUACAUUUCAUUGAUGGUUGCUUUUCUGGCUGCAUCCAUCACCCAACGAGGCAGCACCGGUAUAGCAAUGUUGUUCAUCGCUAUGUUCUUCGAAUCCAUCUGUUUCCCCACCAUCCUGGCACUCGGUAUCCGCGGUUUAGGACGUCACUACAAAACUGGUGCAGGACUCAUCAUUGGUGCUGUCUGUGGUGGUGCUGUCGUACCUCCUAUCCUUGGUGCCGUGGCUGAUAGCCGAAAUAAUACCGGAUUUGCUAUGGUCGUUCCUACUAUGUUCUUGGUCGUCGCUUGGACGUACGGUCUCGCUGUCAACGUCGUCCCCUCGUAUAAAGAAACAAUCGACACAGUUACAUCAAGUAGCAUUGGUCUUCUGAAUGAUGGAAGCCCCAAAUCCGGAUCCGGCAGUGUCUCUCAUGAUAUGGAAAAAUCCGAAGGGGUUCGUGUACAGAAGAAUGAAGCAGAAGCUGUUUGA